CGGGAAUUCAUGUUUUAUCGCAACCCGAGCGCGGGCAUGUUGCUGACUGAAAAGGAAGUCAAUAUGGAUCUCAUUCUGCGCUCCGACUUAUUCCACUUUGGGUCUAUCAGCCUGAUUUCCGAGCCUUGUCGCUCCGCCCAUCUCGCCGCCUUGCGCGCCGCUAAAGCUGCUUGUUGUGUGCGGAAUCCGAACACGUUUGGAAGCCAAUUGGAGCGCCCCCACGUCAUCUCUAAUGGGCCUCCGAACAUGACAUUCAAUAUUCUUUUUUUUGUUUUGGUUAGUGAUGAUGAAGAGGCGUUUCUCACUGAUGUAGAUCCUCAUGAUGAAGAGAAAUUUUUCUGUGAUUUUAGUGCCGACCGUACGUUCCUCUACCUCUUUAUUACUAAAAGUUCGUGGAUAUAUGCGGUGAAGCCCGUGGACACAACUGGAGCUGGCGAUGCUUUCGUUGGAUUCUUUCUGCUUUCCAUUGCUAAAGAUAGAUCCAUCUUUAAUUAA